AUGGGCGAGAUUCUUCUUCAGGGAAAGCUUGUGGCCACCGAGUACUACAAUGACCCCAACCUGACCAAGGUGGCCUUCACCCCAGACGGCUUUCUCCUCACCGGUGACCUUGGCUUCUAUGACGAGCACAAUCGUCUGUUUGUCCUCGGGAGAAAGGCAGACGCCAUCAUCCGUGGGGACACCGCCAUUUUCCCCAGGGACAUCGAGGAGAAGGUCAACCAGUGCCCAGGCAUUUGGAAGGUGAAGGUCGUGUCAAUCAAGGACGAUAAAGGCAUUAUACAG